AUUUCUUUUCUUAUAUAAUAUAAGACAGUUACGCUUGCACUAUCUGCUUAGUACCUUGCUUGGACCAACACUACCUACUUUCAUUCUGCAUUUCAAUCUUGAGGAAUGGCAAUAUAUUCUCCACAUCAUCAGAUUAUGGAAAUCAGUGGAAUAACAAUGGAAGAUGACAAAUUUCCGGAGCAAGAAAUGAAAGAUGAUCAAGCUAAGUUCUGGGACCUAGUAUUAGGAGAUGAUUGGGUUGAAGUAAUUAACAAAUACAAUGAAGAUAGUAAUUUUCACAAGAUAGAUAUCGCGGGAAGAGGAACAGCAUUACACGUGGCAGUAAGCAUCAGACGCAAAGAAGUAGUGGAAAGUCUUGUAGAAGCAAUCGAAAAGCUUGGGGAUGAAACUAGUUUGAAAAUAAGAAAUGAAAUAGGUGCUACUCCUCUUCAUGUUGCAGCAUAUGCAGGAUUCCUAGAUCUGUGUAAACUUAUAAUUGGGAAAGAAGGUAAAAGGAAAUAUUUGAUUGAAGAGAAAAAUUUUGACGGGGAAACACCACUUUUUUGGGCUGUUAAUGCCCGUCAAAUGUCAGUGUUUCUUUACCUUCAACACUUUUAUCCUCUUGAUCUCAAGAUUGCUAUGGAUAACAAUGUUACUAGCAUCCUUCAUGUUGCCAUUGACAAUGAAAGCUAUGGUUAG